AUGGGCGCUAAUGAUCAUCAACUAUUUCUAUCUUCACCUGAUUCAACAUAUUCAAGAUCAUCAUCCAUAUCAUCAUCUUCGUCUUCACCCUCUCCACGAACAUUAUUAAAUGAAAAACAAACAUCAAAAAUGAAAUCAUUUUUAAUUUCCGAUAUAUUGAAACCAAGUUUCGGCAAUCAUAAUCAACAUGAUAAUAUUGAAAAAUCAAACAUUCCUCUAUCAUCAUCAUCGCCUACAACAACAAAUGAUUCAUCAUCAUCAUCAAAUAAUAAUCACAAAAAAAAACUUGUUUCAGGAAUUUUUCCAGCAUGGGUUUAUUGUACAAGAUAUUCUGAUCGACCAUCAGCAGGUCCUCGUGCACGAAAACCUAAGCCAUGCGAUACAAUGGAUUCAAAGCGACCACGUACUGCUUUCACAAGUAUUCAAUUAGCACGUUUAAAAGAUGAAUUUGAUCGAAGUAAAUAUUUAACGGGUGAACGUCGACAAAUUUUAGCGAAUGAAUUAGGUUUAAAUGAAUCUCAAAUAAAAAUUUGGUAUCAAAAUAAACGUGCAAAAAUAAAAAAAACUUCUGGUGUACGAAAUACAUUAGCAAUACAAUUAAUGGCACAAGGUUUAUAUAAUCAUGUAUCGUCUAAUAAUAAAAACUCAUGUAAUGACUAG